UUUGUUAUAUCUUCCCCUUUCCCCUCCGCUCGCUUGUUUACUCAUUUGCUUUUCUUCAUUCAACGUCCUUCCAAACUUGGCUCAAUCUUUCUGGCAAAGAUUGGCUAAAUGCAUUCAUUUGUCUGUGUUGCCAUUGCUUGAUCGUAAUCUUGCACCGUCUUAUUCAGUGAAAAAGCCUGCAGCCCUUUUCUGAUCUGCUUCUUUUGAAUUUAUCAUUUUCGUUUCGCUUUUCGGCUUACCCAGAAAAUCCUAUUUUGCUUGGUCAUGGCUUCCCUAUCAUCAUUCGGAGGGUCCUAUCAUGCAUCUGUAUCCUGCGCAUCCAACGAGGAAGAGUCGGCGUUUCUCAAGCGAGCUCGUUUGCUUCGCUGGAUCAGACUUGGGCUCUCUGCCGUUAUAUUCAGUGUUUCUGUUUCAAUCAUUGGCUGCGAAGCCGUUCCUCUACUACACUACCGGAGGACAUCCGACUUUGAGCGAUUCUGGCUGUUUCUGUGGCCUCUGAACUUCGAUUUACGCCCCACAAUUGCGUUGCUUUCCUGUGGAUGCGUGAUCGCAUUUCAAACUAUUUUGUACAUUGUUACGACACUCCUUCCCUCGCCUCGCUCGCAUAUAAGACGUCUAAACCUUUUUGCUGCCGUUGUCGCUAUUUCCGGAUUCAUUGCAGCUUUGAUUGGAAUCGUGCUCGCGAUUCAUCUGCCAAACUCGUCGCCUCCUAGGGGGUUCACCCAGCAUGAGACUCUUCACUCUUGGACAUGCAAGUGGAAGAGCGUGCGAGGGACCCCUUCAAUCAACCCCGACAACACACCUGCCACGCCGCCUUCCCAUUUUGCGCGAGACUGUGCAACCACUAGGGCGGCUUUCAUCAUGAUGGGGCUUCUUAUCGGAUUGGAAAUCGUCAUGGGGAUUGCGGCGGGAGCUGGGAUCUGGUUUGAAAGGAAUGUCUCGAAACAACGGGGCCAGGAUAGGUCCCAGGCGGAGAAGGUGGAAAUGGUGCCCAAAUACCCUGGAACUUGAAGAAGAAGUUUGCUUUAUUGAAGGCUUGAGCAAGCGAUCGAGCCCUGGAGGUUAUGAUCGCAACGCCGUGUACUCUUGCUGUCUUGCCGAGUUUGCCGAUGAGCGUGUAUUUUCUUUUAUGUACUCAUAACGAUAGCUUGAAAAAGUGUACGCAGUGAGCAUUAUUCC